AUGAACUGCACACUGCGGGCCGACGCGGCCGCGCUCGACGCCUCGUCGCAGAUCUACUCCGAGGUCAUUGAGCCGCUCAAGGGCCUCGAGGGCAUCGUGCUCACCCUAACGCUGCAGACGUACACCAGAUCCCUCCUACGCCCAGCGUCACCAUCAAUUCAACCAAACCGACCAAUCUAA